UUCUGCUUCUGUCUCCCAACGUGUAUAUGAUUCAUCCAUGUUGUUACACACAGCCACGCUGUCUACUGCAUGGCUAUGUCACAGUUUUAGUCUAUUUUAUAGUGACAGAUACUGGCUUGUUUCCCAUCUGAACUCCUAUGAACAGAAUUCCGGGAAGAUGCUUGUGUGCACAGCCUGACCACAAUGCGGUUUAACCAGCUCACCAGGACUAGGCAAAGAUCCCUGCCCGUCACCACGGCCUCUGCAUCCUUCUGGCCGACAAGGAAGAUGUUUCCCUUCAAGGUGAGCAAAUGGAUGGGGCUUGCUUGCCUCCGGUCAGUGGUAGUCUCACCCAAUAUUAGACAAAAGAAACUCAUUUGCAAGUUGCAAGAGGAAAAGACUUUUCGGGAAGAGAUGAAGAUUUUCCAUGAGAAAAUAAAACACUUCAGGGAAGAGAUACAGACUUUCCGAGGCAAGAUUCGUGCUUUCCGGGGCAGGAUGCUGGAUUCCAGGGAAGAGGAGAAACCUUUCUGGGAAGAGGAGAAAAUUUUCUGGAAAGAGGAGAAGGCUUUUUGGGAAAUGGAAAAAUCUUUCCGGGAAGAAGAAAAGGCAUUUUGGAAAAAGUACCGAAUUUUCUGGAAGCAGGAUAAGGCUUUCUGGAAAGAGGACAGUGUCUUAUGGAAAAGAGACCAAAAGGUUCUUCAGGAGGACAAGGCCCUGUGGGAAGAAGAAAAGGCCCUGUGGGUGGAGGAAAGAGCCCUCCUUAAGGAAGAGAAGGCCCUGUGGGAGGAUAAAAGGUCCCUCUGGGAGGAAGAGAAUGCCCUCUGGGAGGAAGAGAAAGCAUUCUGGGUGGAAGGUGGUCACACCGGUAUAGCGCAGAUGCCCCAAGAGAGGCCUCAAACACCAGCUAUUCUCCGGGGCUCAGCUUAGUGACCACAGGACAUGCAGAGCCGUGCGAUCCAGACUCUACUGGAUUGGUAUCCAAGUCCAUGGUGAUCCCUGUAUGAGAGAACAUUCACACGUAUUUGUCUCCUUGCUUUGA